AUGUCCUCCUCCGCAAAGCAAUACAAAGCCGUUAUAUUUAGUGACUUUGAUGGUACUAUCACAUUACAAGAUUCCAACGAUUAUUUAACAGAUAAAUAUGGUUUCGGUAAAGAGGAAAGACUGGAGAUAUUCAAAGGUGUUCUCGAUGGUAGCAAAUCCUUUAAAGAAGGUUUUACUCAAAUGUUAGAUAGCAUUAAAUUGCCAUUGAAUGAAUGUAUUGAUAUCUUAAUCAAUCAUAUUCAGUUAGACCCAGGUUUUAUUGAAUUGUAUAAAUAUUGUCAAAAGGAAGACAUUCCGCUAGUGAUUAUUUCUAGUGGUAUGAAACCAUUAAUUAGAGCUGUGUUAAACAAUUUAUUUACCAAAAGCAAUGUAACACCAAACAUCGAGAUUGUCAGUAAUGAUGUUGUUGAAGAUGCUAGCCACAGUAAGAAUGGAUAUUGGCAUAUUAUUUUCAAGGAUGUUGACAGUCCACAUGGCCAUGAUAAAAGCAGAAGUAUUGAUGAAUUGAAAUUGAAGUAUCCAGUGACACCAAAUGGUAAGGGCAAAUAUUUCUAUUGUGGUGACGGAGUGAGUGAUUUGAGUGCUGCUAAAGAGUGUGAUGUAUUAUUUGCUCGUAGUGGUAAAGAUUUAAUUACUUAUUGUGAUAAACUGAAUAUCCCAUACGUCAAAUUUAAUUCUUUUGAAGAUAUUAUGAAUGAGGUUAAGAAGGAGUUGAGUUAG